AUGUCUACCUCCGAUGAGUCCGACGCGAAGGUGAUUCUGGUCGAUUUCGACGGUGAUCACCCUCAGGACUGGCCGGCCCCGCGGAAAUGGAUUGCCAUGGCUACUGUUUCGAUCCCGCUGUUUCUGAUGCCGCUGUCGUCCACGAUCACGACGCCGGCAGUUACUGGCAUCGCCGAUGAGUUCCAUAUCACUUCGCCCGUGACUGGACCAUUGGCAUUGUCGUUAUUCCUGCUCAUGUACUCCAUGGGUCCCAUUUUGCUAGGGCCUUUCAGUGAACUACAUGGUCGCUGGCCAGUGCUGCAAGCUGGAAGUCUGUUCUAUCUAGCCUUCAACAUUGGUGCUGGUUUCUGCACGAGUAUGACACAACUGUUGAUCUUUCGCCUUUUGAGUGGAGUCGGAGCAAGUGCUUCACUGGCAGUUGGGGCAAGUAUGGUCGGGGAUGUUUUCCGCAAAGAGGAGCGUGGACUGCCCGUUGCCCUGGUUAGUCUCGGCCCCGUUCUGGGAUCCUGCCUGGGUCCCUUGGUCGGGGGCUACAUUGCCGACUAUACCACUUGGCGCUGGGCAUUCUGGUCCACCUCCAUUGUGGCUGGCUUGUUUCUGGUGGUCUGCCUGAUCGCUGCGCGCGAGACAUACGCCCCUAUCUUACUGCUUCGCAAGAAGAAGUUGCUCAUUGAAGAAGCAAUCAGCCAAGGAAGAUACCGCGGCCACGUCUGGAAAACACCGUUCGAAAAAGACGAGACCGUUGGCCAGCUCUACCGUCGAACGAUCUCCCGGUCUCUGUACUUCCUUGGGACACAGCCAAUCAUCCAAGCCCUGGCUUGCUAUUAUGGCUAUCUCUAUGGAAUAGUCUACCUGCUCCUUUCCAGCUUUUCAGACCUCUGGACUGAACGUUAUCACAUGAGAAUCAGCACAGGCAGUCUGAACUACAUCGCACCUUGCAUCGGCUAUGCGAUCGGUGCUCAAAUCUGCGCUUUCCUGACUGACCGCGUGUACCGGUACCAAGUGUCCCGGAACAACGGGGUAGGGAAGCCUGAGUUCCGACUUCCCAUCAUGGUGCCAGCUUCCCUGCUGGUCCCUAUCGGUCUCUUUAUCUACGGCUGGACGGCGGAGAACAAGACACACUGGAUUGUGCCGGACAUCGGCAUCGCACUGCCACUCAUGGGAGCGACAAUUAUCUUCCAGUGCGUCAGUGCAUACCUCCUGGAUACUUUCCCUAUCUAUGCUGCCAGCGCGAACGGUGCUGUUUAUAUCGUGCGUGGAUUGACAGGAUUCGGAUUCCCCUUGUUCAGCCCAGAAAUGUACGCCAAGCUCGGAUACGGUUGGGGGAACAGUCUGCUGGCAUUUUUGGGUUUGCUGAUCGGAUGCCCCAUUCCUUUUAUUCUCUGGAAAUAUGGAGAGAGGCUGCGAGCCGUGAGCAACUUCGCAGAUCAGACAAAAUAG